CUCGCCCGAGAGCCUUCAGUCGUGUUGGAGGUGUGUGCCCGUGCGGUCGGCUUUUCUCUGCCUUCCUCGUUUCAUUUCAUUCCAAACAUUCCUGCCAGACAGACAGAGAGAGAAAAAGAGAGAAAGAAAAGAAACACGAUCCUUUUUUUGUUCGUUUGUUGCCUUACCUGGUGCGUCUUCACAGUGUGGACCUUUGGCCGUUUUCGCUGGUGACUUGAACGCUCGACUCGUGAACCUCCCCACCAAUGGAAUACAAAUCGGAUUGACUUAACCGACUGUCACUUUUCAACGCCAUGGGUUCCACCGAUUUGCUGCCUUGAUCGACAACUCAAAUUCCGCAGUCCGCAUCCGAAAUCAACCACCACCCCCCACCAAAAGUCUGUCACGCUGUCACCUGAGAAAAGAGUCGAGUGAGAAACAAAAGAAACGGCGUCGUCCAGCAGUUUGUACACGUUCCGACGUCUCGGUGGACAAGGGCUAGGAGCCGCCAGGAGCGAUCAGGAAAUGUCUCGCUUUAGUGAAGUGGGUUCGAUGGCGCCUCACGGCGGCCGCAAGUUGCUCAAAUUCCUGAUCCUCUUUGAGAAUUCGUCGCUCCUCUUUUUCCCCGGCCAAUUCCUCAGCGGCCGCGUCCUCGUCGAAUUGGAGGACGAAACGCCCGUCCUAGGUUUGUUCUUUCACGUGGUAGGUGAGGGAGUGGUGAGGUUGCUGAAGAACGGCCGGCAGCACAUCAGUGACCGCGAGAACUACAUCGAUUUCCGUAUGCGACUCCUCGGCGAACCAGGACAAGGACCCGUUCUGCUUUCGCCCGGAAUCCACAGUUUCCCCUUCAAAUUGGGGCUGCCGCUGGGCCUGCCGUCGACCUUCCUCGGCAAACACGGAUGGGUCCAGUACUACUGCAAGGCGGCGUUCCGCGAGCCCGCCGGCCUCCUGCACAAGAACCAACAGGUGUUCAUCGUGAUGAAUCCCAUCGAUCUGAACUUGGAACCGCCCAUACUAGCUCAACCGUUCCACUGUGAAAUCGAGCAUCGACUGGGAUUGAAUUGCUUCACCUCGGGUCCCGUGUCGUGCCGCGUGCGUCUGGAUCGCGGCGGCUACGUCCCGGGAGAAACGAUCGGCAUCUGGGCCUCUGUUCACAAUCAGAGUCGCGUCACCAUCAAAAGGACCAAAGCCUCGUUAACGGAGACUAUUCAAUACAUGGCAAAAAAUCGAGUGGUGCAAACGGAAACUCGGGAGCUGGCCUCACUCAACCGAGGCAAAAUCAAGGCCGGUGAGACGGACGAUUGGAGAAACGAGCAGUUGUACGUUCCGCCUUUGCCUCCGACCAAUUUGAGAGGCUGCCACAUUAUCCGAAUACAAUACGACGUCUUUUUUCAAAUCGAGCCGCACAGCAUGGAGAAGCCCAUCAAACUGCAACUGCCCAUCAUGUUGGCCACGUACCCGUUACGAAGCGACGACGGGACGUUGAGGAGGAAACGAGGCGCCCACUACCCGUCGACUCUGCCCAUCUUCCGCCCAUGGCUCGACGAGAAAACGUUUGAUUGACGGCCGGCAUCAGUGGAGAAUGGAGUUUUGAAAUGACACACGCGAAAAAACCGCAGCGAACAAAAGAAGAAAGAAAGAAAGAAAGAAGAAACCAACAAAUCAACUUGACGUGAAGGAAAACAUGAAAUUUUAUUAUUAUAUAUAUUAUAUAUAAGCCAAUUGCACUUUUACUGCGACGACGACAGCAGCCGAUGACCUUUUUUUUUCUUUCUCUGAAGAAAAGAAAAAGAAUAAUAUUAGGAAAUGAGAUAAGGCGCAUGUAGCAAAAAUAAUACUGCAUCCCGUUAGAUCAUUGUAUAUUCCGCCUACACACUAUGAUACCAGUGCCGAGUGAACCACCACCAUCCAAUAUAUAACCUUUCGAGCAUAAAUAGCUUCUCUCUUUUUUUGUUUCCUUCAUAGUAUUCCGCUCUGUGUAUUUUCGGCUGACUUAUUCUGGCGUCAUUGAAUUUCCCUUUGAUUCAUGGCGGCCAUUUCCUCUCUCUUUCUCCCUUCUCUCGCUUUAAUUAAAAAUCAGCAGUUGAAAAGGAAAAAGAAAUUCCCCCCCUUUUUCUCUCUUUCUCUCUCUCUCUGCUGGCCAGUGCAGCGUGAAUUUGUUUUUAUUGCCACGACGAAAUUGACCAUCAAGCGCUUAUUUCACCUCGCUAAAAACAAAACAACAAAAAUAAAAAUAAAAAUAAAUUUCUAAUUUGAUUUUUCUUGACCUUGUCUGGGCGAUUCGUUUUGUAUUCGCAAACGUUUUUUGGAAUUUGGAGCUAUAUUCUGGCGCGAUGCCCCGCCCAUUCGUAUUAUAUGACUAUACAUACUCUUACGCAACUAUUAUAGACGCACCGCUGUCCUUUCACCUCUUUCGUGGUUUUGUCCGUGUGUGUUUUUUUUUGUUUUUUUUUGGUAUGCUAAUCAGAUAUUUUGUUUUUGGGAGACUACCCGUCGUCGUGUGAUGAUGUGCCUAGCGUUAAAAUUAAACUCGCAGGAAAAGAAAAACUGUUUCCUCUCCUCCUCCUCCUUUUGGUAACAACUUCACAACUUUUUUGGGACGCGCUCACAAAAGGAAAAACACACAAAAUAAUUGUGUAUGCAAAUCAGUGUUGUAACCUCUUCUUCUUCUUCUUCUUCUUCUCUCCAAAUUCCAAUUUUAAUUUCCUUUUGUAGAAAAUGAUAAUUAUUAUCAUCAAGAAAACUUUGUUUUCACUUCCCAAAUCGGCCGUGAAAUUUCCCCAUCAAACCCUGCCCCCCCCUCUCUCUUUUUUUUUUUAGAAAUUUUUUCCAUUUUGAAAUUUGUGUGUGUUUAAUCGAUUUCAUAAUGUGUUAUCUUUUAAUAUAAAUAUGAAACCUC